GAGAAAUUAGAUGUCUUCAUCAAAUAUCAUAGAGAAUAAGACAAAUGUAGAUAAUUAGUUAGUUACUAGGAAUUAAUAGGCAUAUUUGUGACUGAAGAUGGCUCAGCAUGAGCAAAUGUUUGGAGAUAUUCCAACAGCUAGGUUUGGACAUUCUACAACAUUUGUGGGAAACUCGAAAGUUGUGUUGUUUGGAGGAGCAAUUGGAGACAGUGGGAGAUAUACUAUAACGGCUGAUACUUAUAUUUUGGACUUUACAGCUGGCUUUCAAUGGAGGAAAAUAACGGCUGAUAGUCCUCCCAAUGCUAGAGCAGCUCACUCGGCAGCUUGUGUUGACUUUAUGCAAUUAGUUAUUUAUGGAGGAGCUACAGGUGGAGGUAGUUUAAGUAGUGAUGAGUUAUAUUUGUUAGAUUUGAGGAAGGAACCUCACUACAGUUGGAUGAGUGUACCAAUUUGUGGUGGUAGAACUCCAGGGAGACGUUAUGGACACUCUAUGGUAUAUAGCAAACCAAAUUUAAUUGUAUUUGGAGGAAAUGAUGGUCAGAGAACUUUAAAUGAUGUUUGGUUUAUGAAUGUAGAAGAAAGUCCUUUUUUAUGGACCCAGGUAUUAUUUGAAAGAGAUGAAAGAAUUCCUUGUGCCAGAGUUUAUCAUAGUGCAGCUCUCUGUACAGAAGGUCCUGCUGCUGGUAUGACUGUAGUUCAUGGAGGUAGAGCUAGUGAUUCUCGCUAUCUUAAAGACAUCUGGGGUCUAAGACAGCAUAGAGAUGGUAGAUGGGAUUGGAUUGAGGCUCCUCGCAAGAAAGGGGGACUUCCAGUUCCUAGAUUUCAGCACGUAGUUCUAUUUAUAGGAACAAAGAUGUUAGCAAUAGGAGGUAGGGGGGACGAUGUAUCUAAAACACUUCCUACUAUGUUAUAUGAUACCGAGACAUGUGAAUGGCGUAACUUACCUCAUAUUGGAAGAUUUAGACAUUCAGCUUGGUCUAUAAAAUCAGUAAUCUUUAUUUUUGCAGGCUUUGAUCAUAAGAUACAGACAUAUCCUACAAUGGAUCUAAUAUCACUAGAUUGUUCCUCUGAGCCAAAUUUCUAUAAUGAAAAAGAACGAAGUAUCCGCCGUAAGAGUCUUGCUAGUGUACCUAUAAAUACUGUUGGAGUUCCAUCUAAAUUAUCAGUAAAUAUUCGGAGUUUUGAGGAGUCUUCAACUAGUAAUAAAAAUAAAGACUCUCAAUCUACGGAUCUUGAUAAUGCAUCUACGGAGGAAUGUAGAAUUUCAGAUGGAACAAGUGCUUUGCCUCUAACAAAUGUGGAGAAAGCUAUAGCCCGUGCUAAUGCACAAUUACAAAGUGAUCCAAAACGUUAUCAACCUAGGAUGGAUCACAAAACAACUGCAGGCUUAAUUGGUCUUGCUGAACCUAUGACUAAAGUAAGUUCCCAGGUUCACAUAACCGUAGACUCAGCUAAAAAUGAUUUUUCAUCACUAGUACAGAGGGUUUCGAUUGACCAAUUAGGAGAAGAAGGUAGAAAGAUAGAUAAGGCUGCAGCAAAAAAAGCUUUAGCUGAGUUACCUUGGUCUCUUGCUCCCGGAACUCUUGGAAGUAGUGGUACUGGGCUAGUUGAAAAGUGUCUAAAAUUAUUUUUGCAUCCUAGGAUUACUCCGAUAGAAUUAUCGGCUAGAUUUAAUCCUAUGGGUUUAUUUGCAUUAGCUUGGUCUGAAGUUAUUCAAUUAUGUGAGAUUGUUUAUGAGAUAAUUAGACAAGAAGAUAUGGUACUUAAACUAAGAACUCCAAUUAAAGUUUAUGGAGAUAUACAUGGUCAAUAUUAUGAUUUAAUGCGUCUAUUUUUCAGUUAUAAAACUCCCAUAUCAGAAGAAUUGGAGGAUGUAUUUGAUACUAAAGGAGAUAUUGACUCGACUGAUUAUCUUUUUUUAGGGGAUUAUGUAGAUAGAGGAACUCACAGUUUAGAAACUAUUUGUCUUCUGUUUGCACUGAAGAUACGUUAUCCCAAACAAAUUCAUCUUAUUAGAGGUAAUCAUGAAGAUCCAGUUGUGAAUUCAUUAUAUGGAUUUAAAGAUGAGUGUAGAAGACGUCUAAGAGAAGAUCCUGAUGAUCCAGGUUCUUGUUGGAAUUGCUUCAAUAGGGUAUUUGAAUAUAUGUCUGUGGGUGCUACUAUAGAAGAUAAGAUUUUGUGUAUACAUGGAGGAAUUGGGGGUUCUAUACAUAAAAUAGAACAAAUUCGUGAAAUACAAAGACCUUUAAAGCCUUCUCAAACUCCUCAAAGUGAAAGUGAACAACGUGUCUUGGAUUUAUUGUGGUCUGAUCCUACGGAUAAUGAUGGUUUAGAGGGAGUUGUUUCAAAUGACACUAGAGAUCCAGAUGGCUGUGGUUAUAUUGUGAAAUUUGGACCUGACAGAGUAAUCCAAUUUUUAUGCAAUAAUAACCUUGAUUUAAUUAUUAGGGCCCAUGAAUGUGUCCAAGAUGGGUUUGAAAGAUUUGCUGGAGGUAAGCUUGUAACACUAUUCUCAGCUACUGACUAUUGUGGGAAACAUCAAAAUGCAGGGGCUUUACUUUUUAUUAAAAGAGAUCUCACAGUUGUCCCUAAAAUUUUACUACCUGCCCCUAAGGAACAAAGAAAUAUGUUAAAUAUCUGGGAUGAAGAUAUUUUGUUGGAUAGACCUCCAACUCCUCCUAGAUCAUCUGCUUAUUUUGACAGACUUAAAUUUGAAUUUGGUGAGAUAAAUUAUGAUUAA